CUUCUAUCAACCGAGAGGGUUUAUACCUAGGAAUCGUCCGCCUUUUCGCCAAAGCUUCACACCUAAUGAGGACAAUCAAAACCAGGAUUAAUGAUACUAAAGGAUUCAUAUCAAGAUUGGAUAAACAUUGGAUGUAAUUCAACUGUUCUUGGAUGGAUUCACAAUGGUGUAAAUCUUAUUUUCCAGGGUAAGGAACCUGAUGAAUUUUUAUUGGAAAAUCACCAAUUAACAACUAUCGAAAAUCAAUUUGUAUCACAAACAGUGACUGAUUUAUGUGAUCGGGGAAUUUUGGUAAAAAAAUGUAAAAAACCUAGAUGUGUAUCACCAAUUGGAUGUGUACCUAAAAAGAAAGGAAAAUUUAGACUAAUAACAGAUCUUCGGUAUCUAAAUCAACACUGUAAAGUACCAUCAUUUUGUUAUGACAGUAUAUCAAAUAUCUGCGAUUUCAUUUAGCCUAAUGAUGUGCUAAUUACAACUGAUAUUAAAGAUGGAUUCUUUCAUAUUCCUGUCUCGGAUGAUAAUCAACAGUAUUUAGGAAUUGAGUGGCAAGGAAAAUAUUAUACGUGGGCAUAUUUGCCUUUUGGGUUGUCAUGUAGCCCGUAUUAUUUCUGCAAAACAGUAAAUGAGGUUGUGAAACACUUACGUCAAUGUGGAUUAAGACUAUCAAUGUUCGUGGAUGACUGUAUAUUAAGUGCCUCGCCUGAUCAAAUAAGUGCACAUAUAAGCAAAUUUUGUUGGAUACUUUCGAAAAAUUAGGAUUCACUUUGAAUUU